GGUCGCUGUCUCUACGACCAUAGGCUAUCUCAGGGAUGCUGGGCCCGGAAUAGAAGUCGAGUGCAUCUUCCAGCUGUACUCGGCCUCCCAGAGCCAAGGGAUAUGCCAAAACGGACCAAUCUUCGAUCACGGGCCUGCCUGCUGUUAGAUAAUAUAUUGCUCAUGUAUCUGGUCGCUUACUAUGCUGAGCAACCUUUCUUGGCCCCUUGGAGAGAGGCUGUGAGCUGUAGUAUUUCCCGAUUGAGAAAGUUCAACGUGAGACGUGCAGUGGCGAAGUGUCAUAUGAUUGACAAACCCGGGCCUGGUCCAGGAUUUAGAUCACUUGAAGAGAUACUUUGA